CUGCCCGCCCGUCCUCCCUCUUUGCUGCCUCCCUCUCUCUCUCCCUCACCCAAUUUCUCCUCCUACUACUUCCCUACUACUACUACUACUACUACUACCACACACCGCCAGCUUCUCUCACUGUAGAAUCCUCCCAUACAAUUUUUUGCGCAGUACCCUUCGCUGCGACACACUCACUACACACUUGAACCGUAUCAUCCACACUUUCUCCCAAACUCUCUGAUCCACACGCGAUCAAGAUGCCUAAGGCCGCAGCCAAGACCAAGACAAAGGCGAGAGGUGACAAGAAGAAGAAGGACCCUAACGCGCCCAAGCGUGGUCUCUCGGCCUACAUGUUCUUCGCCAACGAGCAGCGCGAGAACGUCCGCGAGGAAAACCCCGGCAUCAGCUUCGGCCAGGUCGGCAAAGUCCUCGGUGACAAGUGGAAGGCACUCAGCGAGAAGCAGCGUGAGCCAUACGAGAAGAAGGCGGCCACUGACAAGAAGCGAUACGAAGACGAGAAGGCCAAGUACAACGCCGCUGGCAGUGACGAGGAUGAAGACUAGAUGCCCAAUCAUCAAUUCCGAUCUCUGUUGAUGAACGAGUUUAGUCUCUUUUCCUUAUCCUGUUUAUGUGUUUACUACCAACGAUCGGGCUGGGUGGCAGGGGUUCCGGAGUCUGCGAUGUGGAACGGGAAUGGCAUGCUUUCAGAGGCAGCUGAUGGGGAAUCGCAUCGACGUUCACGACACAAUAUCAUCAAUCAGUGAUGAAAGUGAACUGCAACCAUCGACAAUGUGACUUAGCAUACCGUGCUACUUGCUGUAUACUAGCUCUUCAUGCAAUGCAAUGUCUCUCAUAGA